UCUUCUCAUAAAGGCAUCUGCAGUACUAGAAGCUUCCAGUUCUAAUGGAGCCACAAAGGAUGGACAGGAAGGAGAUCAGCAGAAGAAUAUUAAACUUCACCUUGGAGAUCAUCUCCCUGCUGAGCGGAGAGGAUUACACCAUCGUGAGGAAGACAUCGGGGAUAACUCCCAUCAUCCAUGAGUCAGGAAGCUGGAGCAGGAACCCCAUCACAGAGAGUCCUCCUCACCCUCUGCCACAUAAGCAGAAGAUCCUAGACCUCACCCACAAGAUCACUGAGCUGCUGACUGGAGAGGUUCCUGUAAGGUGUCAGGAUGUCGCUGUCUAUUUCACCUUGGAGGAGUGGGAGUAUAUAGAAGGACAUGAGGACCUGUACGUGGACGCCAUGAGGGAGGACCACCGGCCCCUCACAUCACAGGAAAAUCCCAGGAAGAACGCUGAGGGAAUAGAAGAUAACACCACAAUGCAGGUCUCUUCAGAAGAAAAGCUCUAUCCUGGACCUCACAGUGCAGAUCUAUUAUAUAAUCCCCCUUAUCUUGAGGAACCUUCAGACCAGUCCCAUAUUGUUACCACAAGUGCAGGGCAGAUCGGGGGUAACAGAUAUCAAUGUAGUGACUGUGGGAAACAGUUUACCACGAGCAUUAGUCUGUAUACUCACAGAAGAAUUCACACAGGAGAGAAGCUGUAUGCAUUUUCAGGAUUUGGGAAAUGUUUUACAGAUAAAUCGGAUCUUGUUGGACAUGAGAGAAGUCACACCAUAAAGACACCAUAUCAAUGUUCACAGUGCACAAAAUCUUUUACAUCAAAACCACUUCUCGUUAUCCAUGAGAGAAGUCACAUAGGGGAGAAGCUAUAUCCAUGUUCAGAAUGUGAGAAAUGUUUUAUUACUAAAGCCAUAACCAAGGAUUAUGAUCAACUUCACACAGAGAAGCCGUAUGCCUGUUCAGGGUGUGGGAAAAGUUUUACGCAUAAUUCAAGUAUUACCCAACAUAAGAGAAUUCACAAAGGAGAAAAGCCAUAUUCGUGUUCGCUAUGUGGGAAAUAUUUUAAAAGUAAAUCAAGUCUUGUUAAACAUGACAGAAGUCACAAUGGAACGAAGACCUUUCCAUGUCCACAAUGUGGGAAACGCUUCACAUCAAAAUCCUAUCUUGUUACACAUCAAAGAAUUCACACAGGAGAGAAACCAUUUUCAUGUUCUGAGUGUGGGAAAUGUUUUAUGACUAAAUCAAAUCUUAUUAAACAUGAGAGAAGUCACACAGGGGAGAAGCCAUUUUCAUGUUCAGAAUGUGGGAGAAGUUUUAUUACUAAAGCCAAACUAGGGUAUCAUCAGAGGGUUCACACAGGAGAGAAGCCGUAUUCAUGUUCUGAAUGUGGGAAAUGCUUUGCCGAUCAAUCAAGCUUUAAUAGACAUGAGAGAAGUCACACAGGAGAGAAGCCAUUUUCAUGUUCAGAAUGUGGCAAAAAUUUUACUACUAAAGACAAACUUUGGUAUCAUCAGAGAAUUCACACAGGGGAGAAGCCAUAUUCAUGUUCCAAAUGUGGGAAAUGCUUUGCCGAUCGAUCAGGUUUUAAUAAGCAUCAGGGAAUUCACACAGGAAAGAAGCCAUAUUCAUGUUCUGCAUGUGGGAAAUGUUUUAUUACUAAGGCCAAACUUACGGGUCAUAAAAGAACUCACACAGGAGAGAAGCCAUUUUCGUGUUCACUGUGUGAGAAAUGCUUUACAGAUAAAUCAAAUCUUCUUAAACACGAGAGAAGACACAGAAGAGAGAAACUGUUUUCAUGUUCCGGAUGUGGGAAAACGUUUACAGAUAAAUCAAGGCUUGUUAUACAUGAGCGAAGCUGUAGUCAUUAGGGAUGAGCGAAUUUCAUAUUUUGAAAUUCGUUUUCGAUUCAGGUUGUGGUAUUUAUUGAAUUACGUUAUGGAU